AUGUCUGGGUUAUUGUCAUCAUUCAUGAUCAAGACUUCAUUUCUAGCAACCUGUGUCUAUACUCUGGCCAAUUUGGUUUUGUCCGGGCCGCAGACACUAACGGCUAGAGAGAGGCGACCUCGGCUACGACUGAGCGAUGUGUCAAUCGAUGAACUUCUCCACGAAUUACAGGAGCGAAGAUUGACAAGCGUUCAACUGGUCGAGAUGUACAUCGAUCGCACCCAAGAAGUCAAUUCGAAGGUGCAUGCCAUCAGUGAAAUCAACCCAGAUGCAUUGGCCAUCGCAAGAGAGCGUGAUAUUGAACGAGAGAAGGAUCAAAUUCGGGGCAUACUUCAUGGUGUUCCAAUUCUCCUCAAAGAUGUAAUCUCUACUACGGAUUCCAUGGCAACCACAGCGGGAUUCGAGGGUUUGCUUGGCGCAAAACCUGCACUUGAAGCCACUGUGGUUCGCAAACUCCGCGAAGAAGGAGCCAUCAUUCUUGGUAAGGCGACCAUGUCCGAGUGGCUGAAUUUUAGAUCUCCGGGAAUUGCCCCAAAUGGCUGGUCUCCAGUAGGUGGCCAGUGCGCGGGUAUCUUCUGCGAGAAUCAGGAUGCUGGUGGUUCAUCCACGGGAAGUGCUGUUGCGACAGCUCUGGGAUUGGCAGCUGCUGCACUGGGUACCGAGACUUCUGGAAGCAUUGCAACACCAGCUCGCAGCUGCGGUCUUAUCGGGCUAAAGCCAACUGCGGGCUUAACUUCACGGGAUGGAGUCUUUAUUGCCAACGAAUAUCAAGAUAGUGUGGGAGUUCUAUCUCAAACUGUCAAAGAUGCAGCCCUUAUACUUACGGCUAUAGCCGACACAAGCGAUAAGGAUGCAUGUGAGAAGAUUGAUCCACGAGACUUGUAUCGGACCAUUCCACCUAUCGGCAAGACCAAUUUUACCGAUUCCUGUACUUCUUCUGGUCUUAAAGGCUUACGAAUAGCAGUCGCACGACACGUUAUGAAGCGAGAUGAAUUUGCCACUGAGAAAUUCGAAGAAGCACUCAUAACGAUGAAAAGUCUCGGUGCGACGAUAGUGGACAAUGUCGAGUUUUCUUCGUGGACACUAAACAUGUCGAAACGUUUCGGAGAUAAGUGGAAGCUUGCAUCACGAUUACUUUUGAAGCAGACUCAUUCUCCAUCCGUAACAGAUAUAGAAUCAUUCCUGGAAUCAUUUUCUGAGAACCCGCAAGGUCUUCAUACUCUUGACGAUGUCAGGAACUACACAAGAGAAUGUUCCAAGGAAAAAGCGGGGCUCUAUCAAUUAACAGAACUCGACAUGGCGGCGCAACAAGCUCAAAAGUACGAUAUGGCCUCAGAUGAGUAUCAAGAAUCACUUUUGCUUCGGCUUAGUAUGGGCAAGGAGCUUGGAAAUCUCCUUGACCAUUACAAAUGCGAUCUACUGGUUGCACCAGCAUGGACAGAGACAGCAGCGAAUGUGGGCGGCUGUCCACAGGUAUCGGUACCUCUACAAGCCUACCCCAAGGACUGGCCUUUGAAAAAGAUGCAUAAUGGCUUUAUCUCGACUGGGCCCAACAUUCCAACUGGAAUUCUAUUCGUAGGUCGUAGGUGGGACGAUGCUAGAGUUAUCGGCGCUUCCUAUGCAUUCGAACAGGCUACGCAUUACCGAAGAACCUUUAAACCGAUAAUAUGCCCUUCGGCCGAUUUCCAUGAUAUCAAAGCCAUGUUGUAA